AUGUCAAACGGCAGUGAUUCAAUGUUUACUACCAGUUCAAAUCAAACUGGUGAUGUUGAUAGCAAUGAAAAUACGCAAGGCCACGAAAGGAAAAAUAAAACUUCAUCGCUUUCCUUAUUAAAAAUUAGCGCUUUAAUUGUACAUUUACUGGAGACUCUAUUUUACCGGAUUGGCUUACUCAUUGGCCGCCAUCCUUAUCACGUCGUCGUGACAUCAAUCGUAUGCGUUGCUUUUUGUUCUCUUGGUUUCUUACGAUUUACUGAAGAAAAUAGAAUCGAAAAGUUAUGGGUUCCAUCUACUGCGGAUUCUCUGGUGCAUAUGGAAUGGGUGGAUAAGAACUUCCCUUCAAACUAUCACAUAGAGAGUCUGGUUUGUGUGGCAAACACCAAAUCAACCAAUGUUAUCAAGAUGGAACCUUUGCACCAGUUUUUAUUAAUGCAUGAAGCCAUUAACAACAUUACGGUCAACUCCAACGGCACAGAGUACAAAUUUGAAGACUUGUGUUAUAAGCGCGGAGGCAAAUGUUGGGUUGAUAGUGUGUUAUCCGUAUGGAAUUUUAACAGUGAUAUAAUAGCUUCCAUAUCUGAUCAUCAAAUUGAAUAUGAUCUCAACAAGAAUAAUAUGUACAUCCCUAAAAAAUAUAUAAAACGCUUACUUGGUAAUACAACAGAGCUCGACGGACACAUUGAAAGCGCUUCCGCAUUUCUUAGUAUUUAUCGUAUCAAAGAUAAUUCAAUUUUAAAGCGUGGAGCAAAGGUUGACGAAAUUGCUGACGAAUGGGAAAGUCGCGUAGAAAGUGAAACUGCUAAGUCUUUUGCGGCGGAUUCUGUACUUUUAUCUAUUGGUUAUGUCAUAAUACUAAUAUUUGUUAGUUGUGCUUUGGGACGCUUAAAUCGGUUAGAAAAUCGGAAUAUCGUAGCGGCAAUGGGAAUGAUAUGUAUUGCUAUGGCCUAUGCUGCUGCUGUUGGAAUAUCAAGUUUGUUUGGCUUACUGUAUGGUCCUUUACAUGCAGUUUUACCGUUUCUGCUACUAGGUAUCGGAGUGGACGAUAUGUUUGUAAUUGCUACUGCUUGGGACAAUUUUAAACACCACGCUGGUGAUAGGACGGUAGACAUCGCGGAGCAUGCUGGUCAAUGCUUAAAAAAAGCUGGUGUCUCCAUAACUGUAACUUCACUAACUGAUGUAGUAGCAUUUACGAUUGGAGCAUCAACAGUUUUGCCUGCCUUAUCUUCUUUCUCAAUAUUCGCCGGAAUAGGGAUUCUUGCUGUUUUUAUUCUGCAAAUAACAUUUUUUACUGCCUGUAUCGUCUUAGACAGCAGAAGGAGAAACGCUGGUCGUGACGCUUGCUUGCCAUGUCUAAAAGUAAAGAAACAUUCAGGCUCAAAGAAAACUGAAAAGUCAUGGUCUUCAAAGAUCUUUGAUGGCGGAAUUCUAAGAUGGUUCUUCGGUAGUAAAUUUGCUCCGUUUUUAUUAAAAGGACCUAACAAAUUCUUUGUAGUUCUCAUAACGUUGGACUUAGUAGCAGUGAGUAUAUAUGGAAGUAUUGAAUUAAAGGUGUCAUUUGAUCCUCGGUGGUUUCUGGCUCCAGAUUCUUAUGGAAAAAAAUUUGUUCAGUAUCAAGAAAAGUACUUUCCAGAUGAAGGAGCUCCAUUGUCAGUGUAUCUCGGAAAAAUGGACUACUUUACACAACAGCAAGAACUAGCUAAUUUGAGCAGUGUUAUUAAAAAAGAGAAGUCAAUUCAAAAUAAAAGCGUUUCCAGCUGGUUUGAUGACUAUAUUUUAUGGAUGAAAAGUACUAGCGGAAAGAAUGAUUUUCUCAACAAAGAUGGUUACGUAAAGAACAAGACAAUAUUCUAUGAGAAAUUGCACUCCUUUCUCAACACCGUUGGCCGCCAUUACUCUCAAGAUAUCGUUUUCAAUGAUAGUGAUCCGCAAAUUAUCACGGCAUCCCGUUUCCACGCUGUUCAUAAGUUACUGUCUGAUACUUCCGAAGAACUGAAAGCUCUUGACAGCAUUCGAACGCAUGUUAGCGCGGUUCCAUUUAGUCCCAAUAGCGCAUUUGCUUUCUCCAAAUAUUAUCAUCUAUGGGAAACUAAUAGGAUUGACAUGGGUGGACUUAUGUAUUUUUGGGAGUUAUCAAUUAACACUGUAACAACGAUCGUACUGGUAUUAGUUGUUGGUUUAUCUGUAGACUACGCAGCCCACAUGGCCCAUACAUUUAUGAGGUACCAAGGAACAAGAAAAGAGAGAGUUUUAGCUACAAUGGGAGAUAUGGCCCCGGCCGUAUUUAAUGGAGGCUUUAGUACUUUUUUGGCAUUCAUACUACUAGCCGGCUCAACUAAUUACGGAUUCUUAACCUUCUUUAAAAUGUUUUUUGGAGUUGUGGUUUUUGGACUAUUUCAUGGUCUUUGUUUCCUGCCUGUACUAUUAAGCUGGAUAGGAGCUGAUAGUUAUCCACCACUAGCCGAAGAUAGUCCACUAACCAUAAUGGCAUGUGGAUCUUGUAAAUGCUGGAGAACAUUCUCACGCAUUCUAAAAAACUUCUUUUGCAAGAAGAGAGAGACGCAAUCAGGAGGUAUGGUUGACAACUGUACGCAAACGUCUUCAUGCAAAGUUGAGUGCAGCGACAUAAACUUUCAAGAUGAUCUUUUUAUACGUCAUAGCCACAACGACAUAAAAUAUGAAAGUUAUUCAAGUGGGGUUGGUAGCUCAGCAAACAGUUCUUUAUGUAAAAUAGCAACUGACAGUAUGGAGGACAUGAGAGCCAUUUCUACUAUAGUAUCGCCAUCGGAAAAAGUAGUUAUCACUUCACCAAAAAUUGCAAGUAAUACCUCAACAGCAGCGGUUAUUGAUUAUUUAAAUAGUGAAUUUAAUGUCAAGCAUUUUUCUCAUAAUGAACAAAAGAAUCUUAAAAAUUAUAAAGAAACCUCUGUUUAA